CUGACUAAAAACUGGACAUACAAUGACAAGCUGUUGGUUUGCCUUUGUGGGGUUGUGGUGGAGCGCCUAUUGCAUGUUCCUUAUUGCAGGUAGCAAUUAUUUAUUCGAUGGGAACAACGAGGUGCACCCGAGUUUCAUUCACCGGCGGUUGCGGACACACGAAAAGAGAGAGAUGCAGAAGGAGAUCCUCUCCAUCCUUGGACUUCCACACAGACCCAGACCUCAUCUGUCACAUGGAAAGUACAACUCCGCUCCGCUCUUCAUGCUGGAUCUUUACAAUACGAUAUCAAGCGAGGAGAAAAACGAAGUGGAGGGCAUGUUGGAACAGUACCAGUCCUUGUACACCACCCAAGGUCCCCGUUUAGCAAAACAUCAGGAGAAUGCCUUCCUAAAUGACGCCGACAUGGUGAUGAGCUUUGUCAAUCUGGUGGAGUAUGACAGAGAGCUGUCGCCUCACAGAAUGCACCACAAAGAGUUCAAGUUCAACCUGUCCCAGAUCCCCGAGGGUGAGGCCGUCACCGCCUCCGAGUUACGCCUCUACAAGGAGUGUGCGAACCAAGUCGUCAUCAACGAGACCCUCCUGCUCAGCGUCUACCAAGUGGUGCAGGAGCACCCCAACAGGGAGGCGGACCUGUUCUUGCUGGAGUCUCGCAGGCUGUGGGCAGCCGAGGAGGGCUGGCUGGAGUUUGACAUCCUGGCCACCAGUAACUUGUGGGUGAUGAGUCCUCACUACAACCUGGGCCUCCAGAUCAGAGUGGAGACCAGCAGCGGGCGGAGCAUCAGCUCCAAGGAGGCGGGCCUAGUGGGGCGUGACGGAGGGCUGGAGAAGCAACCCUUCAUGGUGGCCUUCUUUAAAGUCAGUGAGGUGCAUAUCCGCACCGCCCGCUCCACCAACAAGAGCCGCAACAAGAACCGCAACCGCCCUACGCAGCCCCAGGAAGGAGGCUCCAGGGGCCCCAGCCCAGCAGAUUUCAACAGCAGUGACCAUAACACAGCCUGUAGGAGACAUGAGCUCUACGUCAGCUUCCGGGAGCUGGGCUGGCAGGACUGGAUCAUUGCACCUGAGGGCUACGCUGCCAACUACUGUGGUGGAGAGUGUGUCUUCCCCCUCAACGCCCAUUUGAACGCCACCAACCAUGCCAUUGUGCAGACACUGGUCCACCUCAUGAACCCGGAGAAUGUGCCCAAGCCCUGCUGCGCCCCCACCAAGCUGCACGCCAUCUCUGUGCUCUACUUCGACGACAACUCCAACGUCAUCCUGAAGAAGUACAAGAACAUGGUGGUCAGGGCCUGUGGUUGCCACUGACAACCGCCAAACCGCCACGUCGUCAUGGUCACCUGACCGCGGCGCGGGCUGCAGCGGAGACUGUGUGAACACGACAUCCUGCGUCUGCCUGUAUGUCAGUGUGUGUACUACCCGCUCUCAUACUCAGGGUGAGGGAGGAACUGAUAAAGGACCAGACCAAUGUGCUGCUUUCCACUCUCUCUCUCAUCUAAGUGAUGUUCAAAUUCUCUGACGGCUACUGGCUUCAUUACAGCAAAACAACUGGAAGACGUAGGGGAAUUGACUCAAUGUUAUCUCAGCGCGGGUAGCCAAUCCCGUCAGAUGUAGUGGAAUGACACAGAAAACAUGUAGAAAUGGGGGAGACAGCAUUAGCCCAACUA